ACCUAUAUCUUUGGUGUCCUCGAGGAGGGUUCAAAACAGCAUCAGCUAACCGUGGGCUCUUUUGUGUACCGGCAACCCCUCUCCUCGAGCCGUGCCUGUCAUGGGGGAUAAUCUGUCACCGUACCUCCAUCAAAGCGGAUUAUAUUCAGAGAUUUGCGAGAAUGCACGUGUGUGUUUAAGGUGACUGUCAGAGCAGUACUCAGUGCUGUUAGCUCCGUUGUCAUUCCUUCUUCUAGGAAAGCUAGCCUCGGACACGUCUGUGGUGAAAAUGCCCCUAGCUUAACUGUCCUCUGCGCUGUCACGAAGAUGUCACUGUGGCCUCGCCUUUUGUGACUGGCUAGUUCUGACAGGGUCUGUCGUCACUAAUAAAAUCCGUUGGGAGAACGAAGUAGUUCUCUGGAAGGGAGUAUUUUUACCUAUGAUGGGUAGCGACAGAGCCAGAGACCCCCUCCCGUCCGAGUUGGUCUCCCCACUAUCAGGCGGCAGCGGCGGUGGUGGUGGGAGGGGCGGCAUUGCAGUUCAGUGUGUGAGGAGUGCGAGUGUGUGUAUGAGGUGAAGACGCUGGCGGAUGUAGCGCAAACCCACCGAACUCACUGCUCCAGCAUCCGAAUGUGACACAUCGGAACUGCCGAACCUGUUUUUGUGCUUAGCUGAUGGAAACAGACCUGCUUCGACAUGUGCGCGAAUGUCUUUCGCGUUUUGAAAAGUCUGUUUGGGAAGCCCUUCGAUGGUGGCAAGCGUAACAUGGAGCAUGGCCCCCCCCCGCCCCAGCAGCAUCAGCAGUCGCCCCCUCCGCAGCCUGGGCCCUUCCCUUACUUCCAGGGAGGGGGGGGGGUCUUCCCUGGCUACCCCGGGGGGGUCAGCUUUUUCCCAGGGUUCCCGGGAGGACUGUCGCCCGCGCAGCACCCCUCUCUGGUGAAGCUGGGCGAGCUGCAGGGAGAGGUCGCGACCUUUGGCCCCCACGUGGGCCCCUUCAGCGGCCUGCAGAGCGACCGAGAGUACAAGCGCCUCAUGAGGGAACUCACACGCCUGCAGCUGGAGAUAGACCAGGUGGAGACGGAGGGCCGCCCGGAGCUGCAGCACGCCCGUAAGCGUGUGGCGGGGGAGGUGGAGGGCCUGCUGCGCUACCUGGAGGGGAACGCCACGCACCCGUCCCGUCUGGCGGUGGAGGCGCUGGCUCAGGAGGCACAGGCGCUGCUCCUCACCGGCAUCGUGGAGCCGCACCGCACCGGCCUGCCAGCAGGGGGCGGAGAGGAGCUGCUGGAGGCCGUGCAGGACGUGGCCAUGAGGCUCGCACAGGUGAAGACGGGUGGUAGUGUUCCGCUGCGUAAGGCCCGGUACCGUGCGCUGACCCGUGUGUGUGCGGUGUUGGAGGUUCUGGACGGCAUGGCGCCGGUACGGACGCUUCCGCUGCCGCUGUCCAACGAGACGCACGCUGCGGUGCAGGGCAUCAACCGCGCCAUGGGGGAGCUGAGCGCCGCGCGCUGCCAGCUGGUGGCGCUGCUGAUGGGCCUGAGCGGGCGCGACAGCUGUGCCAACCUCGCCCGCGCCCUCACGGAGCUGCAGCUGGAGCUGGACGCCCUGGACGUCUCGGGCGACGCCGCCAUCAGGAACUACCGCAAGCAGGUGGUGGAGGAGAUCAACGGCCUGCUCAAACACCUGGACCUGGAGGAGGAGGGAGACAACACACACAGGUAUGACCUGACGCAGAACGACUCCAUCCGUGAGAUCGAGGCCCUGCGGGGGCGUGUCUGUGAGCUCCGAGGGGAGGUGCUCCGGCAGGGCGUGGCCGGCCAGGGGGCGGAGCUCCAGUGUCUCCUGACGCGAUUGGACGAGGUGGACACGGGGCGUAACCCGUGCAUCCGCGAGGCCCGGCGCCGGGCGGUGCUGGAGGUCCAGGCCGUCAUCACCUACAUGGACCUGCAGGAGGCGCUGUGGAGGCACCAGGCGGAGCGCGAGCAGAACCGGGCCCAACAGCGCCCCCCGGUGGAGGCCGUGUGGCGCGUGCUGGCCAGCCUGUCCGAGCUGCAGGCCCGGGCGCUGGGCUUCGGAGGGAAGCGGUCCGAUAAGAACUACGUGGUUCUGGAGGAGAUGCUGACCAAGCGGCUGCUGGAUCUGGACGCCGUGGACUCGCAGGGCGACCCGGACGCCAAGGCCGCCCGCAAGCAGGCCGUCAAAUACGCCCAGAACAUCCUGAACUACCUGGACAUGAAGACUGACGAGUGGGAGUACUGACACACACACACACUGACACACACACUUUUACACACACACACACACACACACACACACACACACACACACAAGCAAGCAGAUCGUCAGAUAUGAAGAACAUCCUCUGCCACUUGAACAUGAAGACUGACUAAUGAGAGUACUGACACACACACACACACACACACACACACACACACA